AUGCUGCGUAAUAUCACCAAGUUAAAAGGACUUGGAAAUAGAGUUCAUGGACAAUCUCUGAAGCCACCAUUAUUCCGGGUUCAGUUAACACGAAGUUACUACUCCAGUAAUGGAUCUUCAUAUCGUCGAUUUAAUAACGACGACUAUUCCAAAAAAUCAUCUUUUAAAGAGCUUAUCCUCGAUAAGUCAUCAAGAAAAUACUUGGCCUUAUUUUUUGGUGGAUGUUCCCUGUUUUAUUUCACACAUCUCGAUAAAGCACCAGUUAGCGAUAGGUCCCGAUUUAUUUGGGUUUCACGCCCAUUGGAGUUGACCAUCGGAAACUAUACAUACAAAUCAAUCUGGAGACAGACUCAGCAGGAAAUUCUACCUCCACAGCACCCGUUAACCGUUAAGAUUGAGAAUAUAUUUAAGAAGAUUGUUGAAGCUGCUUAUAAAGACCCCAGUGUGGAUAACUCUUUGUUAGACGGAAUAAAAUGGGAAAUACAUGUGGUCAACGAUUCAACUGCCUCACCAAACGCAUUUGUGCUGCCGGGUGGUAAAGUGUUUAUAUUCAGCUCUAUUUUGCCUAUCUGCGCCAAUGAAGAUGGGAUCGCCACCGUAUUAUCACAUGAAUUUGCACAUCAGCUGGCAAGACACACAGCUGAGAACUUAUCGAARGCUCCAAUAUAUUCUAUAUUAGGGUUAGUAUUAUACACUGUUACUGGAGCAAAUGUUGUCAAUAACUUGCUAUUAGAUGGGUUCUUGCGAAUGCCAGCAUCAAGACAAAUGGAGACUGAAGCCGACUAUAUUGGCCUGAUGAUUAUGUCAAGGGCAUGUUUCCAACCACAGGAAUCUAUAAAAGUGUGGGAGAGAAUGGCAAACUUUGAAAAAAAUCUGAACAGAGGAAAUGCUGUGAAUAUGGAGUUUCUAAGUACACACCCGGCCAGUGUUCGCAGAAUAGAAAACAUGACGAAAUGGUUGCCAAAGGCUAAUGAAAUAUAUGAGCAGUCGGAUUGUAGCAGUAUAGGUAAUUACUAUAAGAGCUUUUUCGCCAUGUAA